AUGAGGUUUGACGUGAAUAACAUGUUUACGAGAAAAACAAUGAAUGAAGGCGGCGAGAAUAAUCAUGAUCAUUUGUGUGAUGAUAUCUGGUCACACCUAGACUGGAAUGACCAUCAAGUUGAGAGCGGAGAGACCGAGGGUAACAAGUUGCUAGAUCCGACUGGGUCUGAUACUUGCCAGCCAUUAACAGUUACUAAUGAGGUGGUUGAAGGGAGUGUUAAUGUCGCCAAAAGGAGAAGUUCAGCCAACCGAAAAAAAAAUGGUAAGGAAAUUGCUGAACCAAAUUCUGGUGUUGAUGGAGCUGAAGUUAGAAGAGCAUCAAAACAUGAGGUACACAAAUGGACAGAAAGAGAAAGGAGAAAGAAGAUGCGGACCCUAUUCGAGACUCUUCAUGCUUUGGUUCCCAACCUCCCUGCUAAGGCGGAUAAGUCUAAAAUAGUUUAUGAAGCAGUGAAUCGCAUCCGAAAGCUGCAGAAUACUUUCAAUAAACUUAAAAGUCAAAAGCUAGAAAGGCUAGAAGAAAAUAACAUCAUGUUGAUGGGUUCACAAAAAGUUGGUAAUAGUUGGGAGAAGCAUGCGGGUGAUCAAGGAUCAAUCUGUAAUUCUAAAGCUAUUACACCAGCUAAUCAUGGUCCUACAGGUUUUAUGACAUGGAGUUCACCAAAUGUUAUACUAAAUGUAUCUGGUGAAGAUGCACAUAUUAGUGUGUGUUGUCCUAAGAAGCCAGGGCUAUUUACCACCAUUUGUUAUGUUUUGGAGAAACAUAAGAUUGACAUUGUGUCUGCUCAAAUUUCAUCUGAUCAAUUCAGAAGCAUGUUCAUGAUCCAAGCUCAUGCUAAAGGUGGAAGUGGGGUAGCUCAAUUCUCCGAAGGAUUCACCGUAGAAGACAUGUACAAGCAAGCUGCAAAUGAGAUAAUGUUGAUGACAACCCCCAAAUGAUCAAUAUCAUAUUUACUUUUGAAGUUCAUUGGGUGGAGGAUGAACAACUGUCGUCGUAUAGGCAUGUUUAUUUUCAGGUUUAUCUUUAGAUUAUGAAUUGUUGUGGUCGUAAAAGUUAUUUUAUAUACUUUUAUAGUUCAUUCGAUAGAGGAUGAACGGUUGUGGCCGUAAAGGCUAUUUUUAUUACUUUUAUAGUUCAUUCGAUAGAGGAUGAAC